AGUAUUUAUUUAGGGUUUUGUUUGUCUUUACAGGAUCAUUUUCCUUUUCCGUCCUCUCUGGAAAGAUCAUGCUACGUGAAAUCUACUAUAUUACCGAAGACAUGUCUAUUAGAAUUCAAGAUGGAUUUAUUAUAUUUCGUUGGUGGAAAAUGUAUAACCCUAAACAAAAACAACAUGAUCCCAAAGCAGAAACCCGGCUGUAUAUUACUGUAAAUGAUUUUGAAUUCCAUGUUUACAAUCGCUCUGAUCUUUAUGGACACCUCCAGGAAGUUUUUGGUUUAGAUCCAACUAUAUUCCCUCCCCGGAAAGAGGAUGAUAAGGUCCGAGAGAAUGGAAAAGAAAAAGUGCAUGCUGGACUUGCGAGUGCUAAAAUGGAACCUCAAGAUCCAUCCUCAUCGUGGAGAUCUCUCAUACCAGUGAUUAAAAUGAAUAUCAGCACAGGACGCUUGGCUUUUGGAAAUCAUUACCAACCACAAACCUUAUGUGUAAAUUUUGAUGAUGCAUUCCUCACAUACACCACUAAGCCGCCAUCAAGCCACCUGGACCAGUUCAUGCACAUAUUGAAAGGCAAACUGGAGAAUGUCAGAGUGAUGCUAGUGCCCAGUCCAAGAUACGUCGGACUUCAGAAUGACGAGCCUCCAAGACUCAUGGGAGAAGGAUUUGUGGUCAUGCAGUCUAAUGAUGUUGACAUCUACUACUACAUGGAUGAGCCAGGACUUGUUCCAGAAGACUCAGGGGAAAAUGUUGAAGAAGAAAGCAACUCGGAAGAUGCAAAGCUGCAAGACUUGCCACCUUGCUGGGGUUUAGAUAUUGUCUGUGGAAAAGGAACAGAUUUUAACUAUGGGCCAUGGGCGGAUAGGCAGAGGGAGUGCUUGUGGAAAUUUUUCUUGCCACCAGAUUAUCAGGUUUUGAAAGUUUCUGAGAUUGCACAGCCUGGCAAACCUCGACAGAUCCAGGCAUUUGAGCUGAGAAUGAACAUUAUUGCAAAUGCUACAAUAGAUCUUCUUUUCACCAAAAACAAAGAAACAAAUGCCGUGCAUGUGAAUGUGUGGGCAGGAUCCUAUUUGGAAGUAAACAUUCCCAUGACUGUCACAGAAAAUGGUUAUUCUCCAACAAUUAAAGGGCAGUUAUUACAUGUUGAUACCACAACUAGUAUGCAGUUCAGGUCUCUUCUAGAAGCUGAAAUGCUUGCAUUUCAUAUAAAUGCCAGCUACCCUCGGGUGUGGAAUAUGCCUCAAACGUGGCACUGUGAGCUUGAAGUGUACAAGGCAACAUACCACUUUAUAUUUGCUCAAAAAGGCUUUUUCACUGAUCUAAUACAAGACUGGUCUAGUGACAAUGCACCAGAUUUAUUUUCCUUUGUCCCAUAUACUUGGAACCUAAAGAUAAUGUUUCAUCAGUUUGAGAUGAUCUGGGCAGCAAAUCAACACAAUUGGAUUGAUUGCUCAACCAAGCAACAAGAAAAUGUGUAUCUUGCCGCCUGUGGAGAAACAUUAAACAUUGAUUUUGCACUGCCAUUUACGGAUUUUGUACCAACUACAUGUAAUACCAGGUUUUCCCUUAGAGCAGGAGAUGUGGACCUUCAUUUGUUCAUACCUGACUGCCAUCCAAGUAAAUAUUCAUUGCUUACAUUGGCAAAAGAUUGCCACCCAAACAAGACAAGUCCUGACUCCUGCAGUUCUACAGAGAAUCAGAGUGGCCUGAAACACUGCAAACUGAAAUGGAGAAAUGUAGCACAAGUAGAGGCCGGUUGGGUGGAGUGCUGGACUGUCCCAUCUGUAAUGCUUGCCAUCGAUUAUACAUGGCAUCCAAUUUAUCCACAAAAGGCUGAUGAACAACUGAAGCAGUCAUUAUCAGAAAUAGAGGAAUCAAUGCUUUCGAUGCUGAGGCCUAGCCAGAGAACAUCAGAGAGGGUCACUUCUCCCACUACUUCUAGCAGACCAGCAAUAGAUCCUUCAGAACUGCCACCGGAUAAGCUGCAUGUGGAGCUGGAGCUUUCCCCGGACUCGCAUGUUAUGUUCUAUGGACCCCUCCUGAGGGCCUUUCUGUCAAUAAAGGAAAACUAUUUUGGAGAGGACGACAUGUACACAGACUUUGAGGACAGCACCUCCAGUCCUGUACUAUCAAUGUCCACAUCGUCUAGCUCUGGCUGGACCGCAGUUGGAAUGGAGAAUGAAAAGAGAGAUAAUGACCUAGCCACCAAAUCCGUUCAUCCACUCAGCCUGAGGCCAUGGGACAUCACUGUACUUCUCAAUGUGUUUAAAGUGCAUGCCAAGCUGCCUGUGCACUGCGGUAAUGAUGGACCAGAAUGUCCAACUGCUUUUGUGGAGAGACUCUGCUUUGAGAUGAAGAAAACGUACGGAGAGACUUUUCUCCAGCUUGUACUGUCACCUUUGUACAUAUUUGUGAAUGACAAUUAUAUGCAGAGGCCUGCCGUGGAUGGGAUGCUUAGAGAAGGGCACAUUAGCCUCUCUGGAUUACAGCUACGUGCACAUGCAAUGUUUUCUCCAGAAGGCUUGCCUCUAGGCACAGAUACAAUGGAGUAUGCAUGGUUAAUAGACGUGCAGGCGGGUGCUCUUACUGCCAUGGUCACUGCACCACAGGUGGUGGGUCUGCUGGAUUGGGGGCAGACCUUUGUGUACCAUGUGGUGUGUAAUGAGUUCCAGAUGGAGAGGCCAAAGUCCGUGGUGAUCUGCCAGCAUGGCAUCAAUCAGAGGUUUUGUGACGCUAAGUUAAGCUGCCAUCCGGGACCAUGUCUGCCAGCAGACGACCUGAAAUACCGAAUGACACGCCUGUCAGCUGAUGGAGCAGAUCUCUACAUCGCAGAACAUGGCUGUGCUACAAACCUGAAAAUGGGUGCUAUUAGACUUGCAAAUUGUAACCUCCAUAAUCAAGCUGUUGGUGAAGGCAUCAGUGCUGCAAUUCAAAAUGUGCAGCUAAAGCAGUAUAUUGAACAGCUGGACAGCAGCAGAAUAGGGCUGCAGCCUACAGUCUUGCGUAGAGCUUACUGGUUGGAGACGGGCUCUGUCAUUUUAGGACUCAUUACUUCAGAUAUCGCCCUAGCUGCUGAUCAUUCCUCUAAACAUGAGGUCCAAAGACACUUUCUAGAAACUCAUGACAGCAGGACUAAAAGAUUGUGGUUCCUGUGGCCUGAUGAUGCUGUGAAAAAUAAGAGGAGCCGGAAUAAGUGUGGUUGCCUGGGAGGCUGCAGGUUUUUUGGUGGUAUUGCCACAGGGGUUGACUUUUUCCGGCUGGAGGAGCUGACACCUUCGAGCAGCUCAGCAUUCUCAAACACCAGCUCAGAGUCUGAUAUGUUUUAUGGACAGUCUUUGUUACAUCCUAAUGAAUGGAUUAUAAGUAAGGAGGUGCCAAAAGCAGGAGAAGGGAAGGCCAAUAGUUGUAGAAGAAAGGAUUGGGACUCCAGGUCUGUAGUCAUAGAGAUUGAAAGAAAAGCACAGCAUCUGAGCCUACAAGUGCCACUACGCUCUCACAGUUCAUCUUCUUCCGAUGAGAACAGCAGUUGCAGUGCUGCUCUACCAUUGCUUGCUGAUGAAAAAGAUAGCCCUUCUUCUGCUGCUGAAGAAUCUUUGGGGCACAUGGACUUUCCACCCCGAGCCAAGUCACAAGAAUCCCAUACAAGCGUUCCAGUGGAAGCUUCAGGAAGUGGUCCAGUUUCACCAAACUCUCAGGACCGGUCCGCAGUCCAUUCUCCACUUCGCUCUCCUCUGAAGCGUCAGGCAUCUGUAUGCUCCACACGGCUAGGUAGUACAAAGAGUCUUUCAGCUGCAUUUUAUGGGGACAAACCAUUAGGACCUGUCGGAGUUCAGUUCAGUACUGAUGUCUCACGCAGUGAUGAGAAUGUCUUGGACUCCCCAAAGCAGAGGAGGAGCUUUGGCUCCUUUCCAUAUACUCCAUCUGCAGAUUCCAACUCUUUCCAUCAGUACCGUUCAAUGGACUCUAGUAUGUCAAUGGCAGACAGUGAAGCUUAUUUUUCUGCUGCUGAGGAAUUUGAACCUAUAAGCAGUGAUGAAGGUCCUGGCACAUAUCCAGGUAGAAAAAGAAGAAAAAAGCAAACUCAAAAAAUUGACUAUAGCAGGGGAUCUAUUUACCACAGUGUAGAGGGUCCUUUAACUGGUACUACGCAGGUAGAUGCAAGAUUAGAUCCAAGGACAUUACCACUCCGAACUCAUGCCUCUCAAGCUUCAUUUGUCUCUGCUCUAGCUGGGGAGGAGGAAGCACUGGAACAUGUAUAUGCAAUGGAAGCCGAAAAACCUGUGGAUAAUGAACAGACUACUCAGCAGCCAAUUAUGUCCUGCUAUCAGAACUAUCUGAGCCAGUUGCAGGUGUUUAACUGGUCUGUAAAACACCCAACAAAUAAAAGGACUUCAAAAUCUUCCCUACAUAGGCCAUUAGACCUUGACACUCCAACAAGCGAAGAAAGUUCAACUUCCUAUGAACAGCUUUGUGUUCCAACUUUUAAGGUGGUGAGACAAGGACUGUCUGCCAAUGCCUUGCUUGACCGAGGGAUGCAGCUCAUGGGUUCUUCCUCCAGUACCCCGUACACUCCCCUGGAGAAAAAGGCGAUGGACAACACAGAUGAGGAGACACUAACUGAAGAAUGGACUCUAGAUCAACCAGUAUCCCAUACUCGUACAACAGCAAUUGUAGAAGUAAAGGGUACAGUGGACAUUGUUCUUAGCCCGUUAAUUGCAGAAGCAUUGGACAGGUACAUAGAAGCCAUGGUUCAUUUCACCAGCACAAGACAUCCUGCUGCAAUUGUUGAUGAUCUGCACACAAAGGUGCUAAAAGAAGCCGUUCAGAACAGCAAAACUACUUUCUCUGAAAAUCUCUCUUCAAAGCCAGAUAAUAAAUUGGCCAAACCCGAGACUCAGGUUAAAGGAGGCACAAAUCAAACACAAACUAAAUCUGUGCUAACCCAGGAUAAUGUGAAAAUUAAGGGGCUGCAAGCCAAUGUCUCAAUUCCCAAGGUUAAUCUCUGUUUGUUGCAAGCAUCAAUAGAAGAGUCCUCUAAUACAGCAACAAAUAAAAGUGUCACUCAUGUUUCUUUAGUUGCUCUUUGCUUUGACAGAAUUGCUACACAAGUCCGUAUGAACAGGGGCGUGGUAGAAGAAGCCCCAAACAACCCAGAAACUGGUCGUCCAACUGUGAACUUUGAGAAAUAUGCCAGUGCCACUAAGAUGCAACCGCAGUCUUCAGGAUCCCUUAGGUCCAAUGCUGGGGCUGAAAAAGGAAAAGAAAUAGCUGCCAAGUUGAAUGUUCAUCGAGUACAUGGUCAGCUCCGGGGUCUUGAUACUUCAGAUGUGGGAACCUGUGCAAUCACUACUAUUCCCUUUGAGAAAUCAAAGGUUCUUUUCACGUUGGAAGAAUUAGAUGAUUUUACAUUUGUGGAUGAAACUGAGCAGCCUCCAGCUACUGAUGUAACACGCAUUGGUCCAAGCCAAGAAAAAUGGGGUUGGAUAAUGUUUGAAUGUGGAAUUGAAAACCUGGUCAUUAAAGGUGGGCGGCAGUCUGGCGCUAUAUUGUACAACUCUUUUGGCAUGAUGGGCAAGUCAGGUACUACUGAUCGAAGUGGAAUGCAAAAAUCGAAUGACUCUUCCGAUUCCCCAACUGGAAGUGGCUAUAGUACCGAUGUAUCGGAUGAUAAUAUCCCAUGCGAUGGCGUGAGUCCUUCUUCAGACAUUAAUGGAAAUUCAGUAUCUGAUGAACAGGAUGAAGGUGUUGAGUCAGAUGACUUGAAAAAAGAUCUUCCAUUAAUGCCUCCUCCUCCCGACUCUAGUAGCAUGAAGCUUAAUAUAAAGGAGAUCUGGUUUAGCUUUGCAGCACCCACAAAUGUACGCUCACCAGCUCUUACCUUUUCCAGGCAAUUGAACCUCCUAAGUACUGCAACUCCAGCGGUCAGUGCAUGGCUGGUUCCUAUUGAUCAGUUAAAAUCCUCUCUGAACAAGCUGGAUACUGAGGGCACAUUAAGAGUCUGUGCUGUUAUGGGCUGUAUUAUGACUGAAGCCUUGGAGAAUAAAAGCGUUCAUUUCCCUUUGCGGAGUAAGUACAACCGACUUACAAAGCAAGCUCGCUACCUACAAGAAAAUCCCUCCUGUCUGCUUUGCAAUUUGCUUCAUCAUUAUUUACAUCAAGCCAAUUAUUCCAUUAUUGAAGAUGCCACAUUGAAUGAUGGACUCCCUGCUUUGGUCACCUUGAAGAAAGGGCUUGUUGCGCUUGCUAGGCAAUGGAUGAAGUUUAUUGUUGUCACACCUGCUUUUAAAGGUGUUCGCUUGCUCAGGCCAGCUCAACCACUGAAGCCUCAAAAUCCAGUCAAGAAAGAGGAAGAUGAUCUGAAUGGGUUGGAGAAUGGUGCAGCUCUGCAGAGUGACACCAGUGCGGAUGGAGCAGAGUUUGAAUUUGAUGCAGCUACUAUUAGUGAGCAUACCAUGCUGCUGGAAGGGGCAAAUACAAAGCCUCCACAAACUGGGGUUUCUUCAGGUCCUGUAAGUGGAGCAGAAAUUAUGAGAAAGCUGUCUAAAUCUCAUGCUCACACCGACUCUGCUGUAAAGAUCAAGGGAAUCCACCCAUAUCACUCUCUGAGUUACACCAGUGGAGACACAGCAAAUGACUCUCCGGCACAUGUCAGCAGGCCUGGAUUGCCCGUUAAGGAAAGUCCACGAAAAGAGAGUCUCCUGAGUUACCUGACAGGGAGCUUCCCAAGCCUACAUAAUCUGCUGGAGGGAACUCCACAAAAAAGUGCUGCUGUUGCAGUUAAAAGCAGUUCUCUUACCAGGACAGGGAAUCCUGUGGGCACAGAAAUUUUAUCAGAACACCCUUUAUUGUCUGAACCAUCCUCUGUGAGCUUCUAUAACUGGAUGUCAAAUGCAGUGGGUAAUAGAGGCAGUGUGGUACACGAGUCACCCAUGAUCAAGUCUGGACACAACAGCCUUCCCACAGCAACAACACAUAACUUGCCAACAAUUCCUUCAGCCUCAGAUUUCAACACUGUAAUGUCGAGUGAACAGAACACACUGGAUGGAACCCCCUCUCAGCACAGCACCAGUCAAGAUGAUAUAGCUGGCAUUGAAGAAGGCAACCAGGGAUUCCCUGCAGUUCAGCUUGCAGAUGCACAGGUGGUGUUCAAACCUCUACUGAGUUAUACAGGUAUUCAAUCACAAGAUGUUGUUCCACUAAGCUACAGGAUGUACUUUGGGGAACACCUGUCCUUCUCUGGCACUUUGGACUGUCUUAGAGCUGACAUAGUUGAUUCUGAUACAUCAAAAGAAAGGAGGAGUAAAAGAGCCAGAAGGCAAGGAGCUAUCAAUCUACCUCCACUUGAAUUCAAACCAGCUCUGAUGUUAGAAACCUUCAGUAUAAAUGCAGUGAUAAUGGAAAAGUCUAUGUCCACUCCCCAGAACCCCGCCAGUGCACUCUCUUUUCAUGACCUCAGCAAAAGAUACUAUAAUACUUUCCACUGUAACUUCACCAUAUCCUGCCAGUCCAUUAGUCAGCAUGUAGAUAUGGCCUUGGUACGGCUUAUACAUCAGUUUAGUACAAUGAUUGAUGACAUCAAGGCAACACAGACUGAUAUCAAACUCAGCAGAUACACAGCUGGGUCAGCAUCUCCCACACCUACCUUCAAGACAAGGAAACAUCGAGAUUUCCGUUCCUCUGACUUCAGUCGCAGCUCUCGGGGCAGUCUAAAUGGAGGCACCAGAGUGAAUAAUUUAAAGAACAAAAGAGCCAGCAAUGACAACAACAAGAAAGAGUCUCGAAACAAGAACUCCUUGGGAAGAUCAGAACGGAGAACUUCCAAGGUUUCUCGAAAGGGCUCUAAAGAUGCAGUAGAUCAUAUGACAAUCCAUAUGGAUGACUCAGAUUCCAUAACUGUUUCUGAACAAAGUGAGCCAUCUGCAGAGUGCUGGCAGAACAUGUACAAACUGCUUAACUUCUACUCUCUUAUAUCUGACCCCACUGGAUUUUUGGAAAAGUCAUCUGAACCUCUUGGUCCUUCAGGUAUAAGGAGCCCAUCAGAGCCAACAUGCAGGGUGGUGUUUGAAAAUGAACAGGACAGCAAUAGCCUGAAUAGAAGUCAGAGAAAACGCAGCCUAGUUGCAGCAGAACCUCAGCAUGUCACUCUGAUAGUGUUUGGAAUAGGCAUGGUAAAUCGCACUCACCUAGAAGCUGACAUUGGAGGCUUGACCAUGGAGUCUGAACUCAAGAGGAUUCAUGGCAGCUUUACCCUGAAAGAGAAAAUGAAAGAUGUCCUUCAUCAGAAAAUGACUGAGACUUGUGCCACAGCUCAUAUAGGAGGUGUUAAUAUUGUUCUUCUGGAGGGCGUUACACCAAAUAUACAACUGGAGGAUUUCCCUACAUCUCCAACAAGCACAGCCAAACAAGAGUUUCUGACAGUAGUAAAAUGCAGUAUUGCUAAGUCCCAGGCACUGUACAGUGCACAGAGAGGCCUGAGAACAAGCAAUGCUGCUGUGUUCAAAGUUGGAGCAAUCAGCAUUAACAUUCCACAGCACCCAGCUACAUUGCACAGCAUGAUGGUGCGCAGUUCUCACCAGCUCUCAAAGCAGAUCUCAGACCUCAUCAGACAGCCUUCAACAGUGGUGCCCCCUCCAAAGGAAGAUGUAGCAACACCAUUACUAUCUGAAAAAACCCCCUCAAGUGUUAACCAGACUCCAAUUGAAACUAUUGUAUUCCCUCAACUCCCAGAAGGACUUGAAAAGAAGCCUAUUGUGCUGAAGUUCAGUGCUAUGUUGGAUGGUAUUGCUAUUGGAGCUGCAUUGUUACCUUCCCUCAAAGCAGAGUAUAAAAUGGGGAGAAUGCGAAGCCAUGGGAUGACAGGUGCACAGACAAGAUUUACAUUUGAGCUUCCAAAUCACAGGCUGCGGUUCACUUCCAGGGUCUCUUCUACAGAUAUGUCAACUAUUCCCCCCUCAGCCAGUCUCAAUCUUCCCCCAGUCACCAUGCAUGGUAAAUACAUUAUGGAAGAGCAUGACAACUACUCAGAUCAAGCCUGGAGCAUGGAUGACCUACCUGCCAAUCAGAGUUACUACCUGCAAGGAAACUAUUUACGUUGUGUGGCUGAGGUUGGGUCGUUUGAGCAUAAUCUAACCACUGACCUACUGAACCACCUGGUUUUUGUACAGAAAGUCUUCAUGAAAGAGGUUAACGAAGUAAUACAGAAAGUCUCAGGAGGUGAGCAACCAAUCCCACUGUGGAAUGAACAUGAUGGUACAACAGAUGGAGAAAAACCAAAAAUUCUCCUUUAUUCCUUAAAUGCUUUGCUAAAGGGUAUCCAAGUGACAGCAACAACUCCCUCCAUGAGGGCAGUCAGAUUUGAGACUGGGCUGAUAGAGCUGGAAUUGUCGAACCGAAUUCAGACAAAAGCCUUACCCGGAAGCAGUAGCUAUCUAAAGCUUUUUGGCAAAUGUCAGGUUGAUUUAAACUUGGCUCUUGGACAGAUUGUGAAACAUCAGGUUUAUGAAGAGGCUGGAUCAGAUUUUCAUCAAGUUGCCUAUUUUAAAACCCGUAUAGGCUUACGUAAUGCGCUGCAGGAGGAGAUCAGCGGCUCAACAGGCAGAGAAGCAGUGCUUAUUACUUUGAGUAGACCCAUUGUCUAUGCACAGCCUGUAGCCUUUGACAGAGCUGUGUUGUUCUGGCUGAAUUACAAGGCAGCAUAUGAUAACUGGAAUGAGCAGCGAAUGGCACUCAACAAGGAUAUUCACAUGGCUACAAAGGAAGUAGUAGACAUGUUGCCAGGAAUUCAGCAGACAUCUGCCCAGGCUCUUGGAACUCUCUUCCUCCAACUCACAGUCAAUGAUUUGGGUAUAUGUUUACCCAUCACCAAUGCACCACAGGCAAAUCACACUGGUGACUUUGAUACAGGCUCUGCAGUGGUACUGACGAUUGAAAGUACGCUUAUAACAGCAUGCUCAUCAGAGUCCCUGGUGAGCAAGGGGCACUUUAAAAACUUCUGCAUUCGUUUUGCGGAUGGCUUUGAGACCUCUUGGGAUGACUGGAAACCAGAAAUCAGAACAGAUCUAGUGAUGAAUGCAUGUGUUGUGCCAGAUGGAACAUAUGAAGUGUGUUCUCGGACAACAGGGCAGGCUUCUGCAGAAAGCAACAGCGCUGGCACAUGGACACUCAAUGUGUUGUGGAAGAUGUGUGGUAUUGAUGUGCAUAUGGAUCCAAACAUUGGCAAAAGGCUUAAUGCCCUUGGCAAUACUUUGACCACACUGACCGGAGAAGAGGACAUAGAUGAUAUUGCUGAUCUGAACUCUGUAAUCAUGGCUGACCUCUCAGAUGAAGAUGAAGUUGACAGCAUGUCUCCUACAGUCCACUCAGAAACUGUUGACUGUAGACGACCUGGGCAGAUUGGAAACCAAAGUGUUGAUCCAAGAGGACGGAAAUUUGUGAAACGUUUAGUUGAUAUACGAGAACUGAAUGAACAAGCCAAAGUUAUUGAUGAUCUCAAAAAACUUGGGGCAAGCGAAGGAACCAUAAACCAGGAAAUUCAGCGCUAUCAGCACUUGGAGUCAGUGGCAGUAAAUGACAUCCGUAGAGAUGUUCGAAAGAAGCUACGCAGAUCUAGCAUGAGGGCAGCCUCCUUGAAAGAUAAAUGGGGUCUCGGAUACAAACCAAGCUACAAUCGUUCCAAGAGUAUCACUGCUUCAGGAAGACCACCUUUGAAAAGAACAGAAAGAGCCAGCUCUAGAGUAGAUAGUGAAGAGCUUCCUGAAAUCCGUGUUGAAGCUGCUUCUCCUGCAGGUCCAAGAGUGACAUUCAACAUUCAGGAUAGUUUUCCAGAGGAGGUAGAUGGUGAUCUGUUGUCAGUUACAAUUGAUGGUCCAUCUCAUUACUCAUCCAUUAGUGAAGGUUCACAUCCAGUGUUCAGUUCCCCAAACACCCCAUCAGUGUUUUCACCUGGCAUUCCUUUCCAGACUGAAGAAAAGAGAGAAGACACAUCUUCCUCAUCCUCUGAGGAGUCUGAUAAAGAAGAAGAUCAUGACAGAGAGAAAAUGUAUAUUUACCGGAAACCUCAGCAAAGCAACAGAAAGAAAACUUCUGGAUUUGCUGCAGUCCAUCAACUUUUCACAGAGCGUUGGCCUAGCACACCAUCCAACCGCAAUGUAUCCAGCACUACCACUGAGAGAAACAUAGACUUUGAACUAGAUAUCAGGGUAGAAAUUGACUCCGGUAAAUGUGUGCUGCAUCCAACAACUCUGCAGCAGGAACAUGAUGAAAUCAGUUUGAGAAGGAGUUAUGACAGAAGCUCACGUAGUCUUGACCAAGAUUCUCCAUCUAAGAAGAAAAAAUUACAGAACAACUAUGCAUCUACCACUCAUCUAUUGGCUGGAAAGAAAGUGCCAUCGUCUCUCCAGUCUAAGUCAAGUGACUCCGAAACCACAGUUUUUUAUAUUCCUGGGGUUGAUGUUAAGUUGCAUUACAACUCAAAAACAUUGAAAACAGAAUCGCCAAAUGCUUCAAGAGGAUCAUCUUUGCCAAGAACUCUUUCAAAAGAAUCAAAGUUGUAUGGUAUGAAAGAUACUGCACCAUCUCCUUUACCUAGUACUGUCCACAGCAAGACUAAUACCUUGUUACCACCCCCACCCCCACCAAUCCCCUCAGCCAAAGGAAAGGGAUGUGGUGGAGUGAAAACUGCUAAAUUGUAUGCUUGGGUAGCACUGCAGUCGUUGCCUGAAGAAAUGGUUAUAAGUCCAAACCUGCUUGACUUUCUGGAGAAGGCCUUGGAGACCAUACCCAUAACACCAAUAGAACGAAAUUACAAUGCAGUGAGUGCUCAGGAUGAAGAUAUUGGACAAUUUGAUCUGCAGGAUCCAUUGGAAGAGUCAACUACCUCAUUAGUGUCCUCUUCAACCUCUGCCUAUUCCUCCUUCCCAGUAGAUGUAGUUGUUUAUGUAAGAGUUCAGCCAUCCCAAAUCAAGUUUAGCUGCCUACCAGUUUCACGUGUUGAAUGUAUGCUGAAGCUGCCUUCUUUAGACUUGGUGUUCUCCUCAAACCGAAGUGAUCUUGAGACACUGGGGUUAACCCAUCCUUCUGAUGCUGGCGUUGGGAAUCUCUCCAUGCCAAGUGGAUCAAAAGCCAACCUAAACAAAUCAGGGAUGACAGGACCAUCCCCAGGGCUUGGUAGCCCUCUUGGAAGGACUCGCCACAGCAGUAGCCAAUCAGAUCUGACCAACUCAAGCAGCAACUCAUCAGGCCUGAGUUUCACAGCUUGCAUGUCUGAUUUCUCUCUUUAUGUGUUUCACCCAUAUGGAGCUGGCAAACAGAAAUCUGGAGUCUCUGGUCUUACUCCAGGUUCCAGUGGCUUAGGACAUGUGGAUGAAGAGCCCACAUCAGUGACAGGCCGCAAAGACUCUCUCAGUAUCAACUUGGAAUUUGUCAAGGUCAGUUUGUCCAGAAUGAGACGUUCUGGUGGUAAUUCUUUCUUUGAAACCGUGUCUGCUAACAAAGCUGCUAGCAAAAUGGAUACUACUUUAAUAAACAUCUCAGCUGUCUGUGAUAUCGGCUCGGCCUCUUUCAAGUAUGACAUGCGUCGGCUUAGUGAAAUUUUAGCAUUUCCAAGGGCGUGGUAUAGAAGAAGCAUCGCUAGACGUCUCUUUCUUGGUGAUCAGACUAUAAAUGUGCCUGCCUCUGGACCUGGGACUCCUGAUUCAGUUGAAGGAGUGAAUCAGCAUAUCUCCCCUGAAUCUUCUCGUAAAGCAUAUUGCAGGACCUGGGAGCAGCCCAGUCAGUCGGCCUCCUUCACUCACAUGGCACAGUCGCCCAAUGUUUUCAGUGACCACGCUACAAACAACAGCAUGUCUCCUGGAAUAGCAUCACACUCCUUAAAAUCACCUGCUGUAACCAGAUCUAGAAGUGUCUCAGACUCCUCUGUGCCACGCAGAGAUUCUGUGACCAAGACUUCAACACCAUCUUUCAGUAAAGCUGCUAAACCAUCCAGCCAGCAGGGGUCACCUUGGGAAACUCUGGUUGUGUUUGCAAUUAAUCUGAAGCAGCUGAAUGUUCAAAUGAAUAUGAGCAAUGUAAUGGGAAAUACAACAUGGACUACAAGUGGUUUAAAAAGCCAAGGACGCUUGUCUGUGGGAAGUAACAGGGAUCGAGAAAUCAGCAUGUCUGUUGGGCUGGGGAGGUCUCAGCUGGAUUCCAGAGGUGGAGUUGUGGGUGGAACGAUAGAUGUAAACACUCUGGAAAUGGUUGCUCACAUUUCAGAACACCCUAACCAGCAGCCCAGCCAUAAGAUUCAAAUCACAAUGGGCUCAACUGAGGCUCGUGUGGACUACAUGGGAUCCAGCAUCCUUAUGGGGAUCUUUAGCAAUGCAGACCUUAAGCUACAGGAUGAGUGGAAUGUCAACCUGUACACGCCACUGGACACAAGCAUCUCUGACAAAAGUGUCAUAUUUAUCCAUGGAGACCUGCAAUGGGAUAUUUUCCAGGUAAUGAUCUCCCGGUCUACUACUCCAGACCUCAUCAAGAUAGGAAUGAAGCUGCAAGAAUUUUUCACUCAGCAGUUUGACACAAGCAAGCGAGCUUUAUCUACAUGGGGUCCAGUACAAUACCUUCCACCGAAAACUGUGGUCACCAAUCUUGAAAAGAAUUCACGUGAGCAAUUGCUGGAUGCAGCUCACCACCGUCAUUGGCCUGGAGUACUGAAGAUAAUCUCUGGCUGCCACAUAUCCUUGUUUCAGAUCCCCUUGCCCGAAGACACUGUUCAGUUAGGGGGCUCAAUGAGCCUACACGGCAACCACAUGACAUUGGCCUGCUUUCAUGGACCCAAUUUCCGUUCUAAAUCGUGGGCAUUGUUUCACUUGGAAGAGCCAAAUAUUGCAUUUUGGACUGAAGCGCAAAAGAUUUGGGAAGAAGGUUCAAGCGAACACUCUACCUAUAUUGUGCAAACUUUGGAUUUUCACCUCGGUCAUAACACUAUGGUUACCAAACCUUGUGGAGCACUGGAGAGUCCUAUGGCAACAAUUACUAAAAUAACAAGGAGGAGGCAUGAAAAUCCACCACAUGGCGUCGCUAGUGUAAAGGAAUGGUUUAAUUAUGUCACAGCUAUGAGAAAUGAAGAACUGAGUUUGCUUCGGAAUGUUGAUGCAAAUAAUGCAGAGAGCAGCACAGCAGUAAAAAAUGCAAGUCUGUUGAGUGGAUUUCAGGGAGCAUCCAGUUACAACCAUGAAACAGAAACAAUCUUUGCUUUACCCAGAAUGCAACUGGAUUUUAAAUCUAUACAUGUGCAAGAGCCAAAAGAACCAACCCUGCAAGAUGUUGACAGCAAGCCGAAAGUGGAGUGCAGCGUUGUUACCGAGUUUACAGAUCAUAUCUGCGUCACAAUGGAUGCUGAAUUGAUUAUAUUUUUGCAUGAUUUGGUGUCUGCCUAUUUAAAGGAGAAAGAAAAAGUUAUUCUUCCACCACGCAUUUUCACAACUCGUGCAGGCCAGAAGAGUCCUGUGAUCCAGAUUGAUAAUGGUUCUUCUGAGAAAGAAAAGGCAGAAAAUACUAAUUCCACUUAUGUGGACUGGAGAGAAUUCAUGUGCAAUACUUGGCAUCUGGAGCCCACACUGAGGCUAAUAUCUUGGACAGGAAGGAAAAUUGACCCAGUUGGAGUGGAUUACAUACUGCAGAAAUUAGGUUUCCAUCAUGCCAGAACCACCAUUCCAAAAUGGCUUCAGCGUGGAGUAAUGGAUCCACUGGACAAGGUUCUUUCGGUCCUGAUUAAAAAGCUAGGGUCUGCUUUGCAAGAUGAGAAGGAAAAGAAAGGAAAAGAGAAGGAGGAGCAUUGAACAUGCCGAGAAUUGCGAACAAAUUGUCAGAGAUCAAAACAAGUUACACUUUUUUAUACUGUACAGGACAUUUUAACAGAUGCAUUUGGAAGUGACCAGCUUUUCUUUUUUAUUUAACUGAUGUUAACUCUCAUCCCUGGGAGCAGUCUUAGCUACAUUUCUUCCGGUGAUCACUCCCAUGGCCUUUUGCUGUGAUAUGACAUGCCACUGCAAUUUUUGUACUUCUGUGCAUUAAUCUAUUUUCCACAAGACAUCAUUUGAGCCUGAAGCAGACCCCCUAUUGUAGUUUGCCAGCAAUGUCUUCAUCUCAAUACAAAUAAGACUCAGGGAUGAGAGGGGUUAUUAAAUUCCGUUGUGAAUGUAACUGUUUACCGUGGUGCAUGCUGCCAUUCUGCAUAGGAUUACGCACUGCAUGCGACUGUAUAUUUUGGACUGAAAAUAGGGGUUCAACACUGUAAAUGUCUGGGGUUUGUGUCAUUACUUUUAUUAAGUGCAAUAUCAUUAUUUUCUGUAAUAACUGCAGAAUGUUAACUGUGAAUUUUCUUGAUUUCUUUUUUCCCUGUUGGCCGUAAUAAUAAAUUGUUGACAAUGUGAAAAU